ACCAGCCGGGAGGCGAGGUGCACGAGAUGAAAGCGAGAUCCACGCCCAGGUCCACGCGGGAUGUCGUCGUCGGGAUGACAGACCGGAUGAAGGGGAGAGGAAGACGGGACGAAAAAGGGACGAGGACAGCCGGGGAAACGUUCUCCGGCGACAUGUCCUCCGGGUCCAGGUCCGUGAGAUGCGGCCGCCGUCGUUCGCCGAUGCUGUCGGCGUUCACGAUGGCUGUCUGCUGUUGCUGCUGGCUGCUGAUGCUGAUGAUCGUCGAGUGCACCGGCCAGAAGCCGAUCAACCUCGGCGGCAACAGGAAGCGCGACGUCUACAUCGCCGGCUUCUUCCCGUACGGCAAUCACGUGCCGGAGGGCCACAUCGGCCGUGGCGUCAUGCCCGCGGUGAAGCUCGCGGUCGAGCACAUCAACGAGCACCCGACGAUACUCAGGGACUAUCGGCUGCACAUGUGGUGGAACGACACGGAGUGUAGUGCCGCCGUCGGGAUGAAGGCGUUCUUCGACAUGAUGCACAACGGGCCGCACAAGGUGAUACUCUUCGGCGGUGCUUGCACCCAAGUCACGGAUCCGAUAGCGAAAGCCUCGAAACACUGGCGCCUUACGCAGCUCAGCUACGCGGACACCCAUCCUAUGUUCACAACCAAUAGCUUCCCGAAUUUCUUUAGGGUCGUGCCGUCGGAAAACGCCCUCAACGCGCCGCGAGUGGCGUUGCUUCUGCAUUUCAACUGGACCCGGGUCGGCACGAUUUACCAGAACGAGCCCAGAUACGCACUGGUGCACAAUCGGUUAGUGGCCGAUCUGGACGAGAGCAAAAUGGAGCUCGUGGAGACGCAGAGCUUUGCCAACGAGGUGACAACGGCGCUCGAAAAGCUCAAGGAGAGGGACGUGAGGAUCCUCCUGGGAAAUUUCAACGAAGCAUGGGCUAGGCGGAUAUUCUGCGAGGCUUAUCGGUUUGGCUUGUACGGCAGAAAGUAUCAGUGGGUCAUCAUCGGGACUUACACCAGGGAGUGGUGGCUGCGCCCGGGCGGCGGAUGCGCCCCCUCCGAGCUGUCCGAGGCCCUUCACGGUGUCAUCCUGACGGAUCUGCUGCCGCUUACGACCGAGGAGCAGCACACCACCUCCGGAAUCACCCCGGACCAGUACAGGGAGGAGUACGACUCGAGACGGGGCGCCGAGUACUCGAGGUUCCACGGGUACACGUACGACGGUAUCUGGACGGUCGCGCUGGCUGUGAAACACGUCGCGCGCAGGAUACGACACUUCCAUCGUAACCAGACCAUAUCCGACUUUCGGUACAGGGACGUAUUGUGGGAGAAGCUCUUCCUCGAUGCCCUCAGGAAUACAAGCUUCGACGGUGUCACGGGGCCGGUCCGCUUUUACGACAACGAGAGGAAAGCGUUCAUUCUUCUGAAACAAUUCUUGGACGGCCGCGAGGUAAACGUAGGCGAGUACGACAGCAUAACCGGCAUUCUAGAUCUGACCAGGCAGGAGGUCCCGCUGUGGAACGGCAAGUCGCCGCCGAAGGACAGGACGGUCCGCAUCAUCGAGCACUCUACCGUGGACAUCACGGUGUACGCGGCGCUAGCCUCGUUCGCUAGCGUCGGUAUCGUCAUGGCGUCCAUCUUUCUGGCCAUCAAUAUUAGAUAUAGAAAUCAAAGAUACAUCAAAAUGUCAUCGCCCCACCUAAACAACCUCAUCAUCAUCGGUUGUAUGCUGACCUACAGCAGCGUUAUCUUCCUUGGACUGGACUCGCAAUUAUCGAGCGUAGCGGCGUUCCCAUAUAUCUGCACGGCCCGAGCGUGGCUGCUGAUGGCCGGUUUCUCGUUGGCCUUCGGCUCCAUGUUCUCGAAAACGUGGCGUGUACAUUCCAUAUUCACCGACGUGAAGCUCAAUAAGAAGGUGAUAAAGGACUACCAAUUGUUCAUGGUAGUCGGGAUACUGUUGGCUGUCGAUCUCACGAUCAUGACGACGUGGCAAGUGGCUGAUCCGUUUUAUCGAGCGAUUAAACAAAUGGAGCCCUAUCAUCACCCUUCCAGCGAGGAUAUAAUAAUCAUCCCGGAAAACGAGUAUUGUCAGAGCAAUCAAAUGAAUAUUUAUCUGUUUUGCAUAUAUGCAUACAAAGGCCUUUUAAUGAUAUUCGGUGCCUUUCUGGCAUGGGAAACGCGGCACGUUAGUAUACCGGCAUUAAAUGACAGUAAAUACGUGGGGAUGAGCGUGUACAACGUUGUUAUAAUGUGCGUCACCGGUGCGGCUAUAAGUUUCGUGCUGACUGACAAACAGGACGCUAUGUUCAUAAUGUUGGCGGUGUUCAUUAUAUUUUGUAGUACAGCCACUCUUUUUCUGGUUUUUAUUCCUAAGAUAAUAGAGUUACGCAGGAAUCCACAGGGGGUGAUAAAUAAGCGGACCAGGGCGACUUUGAGGCCGAUGUUGAAAAUACGAAGGGACUCGACCGUCAGCGAGCUCGAUGAGCGUUUGAAGGAGGCGAAACUGACGAAUAAAAAAUUCCGGAAGCAAUUGCUGCAAAAGGAUUCCGAGCUUCAGGGAUUUUUAAGGAGAAUGGGCGAGGAGGUUGAGAGCGAAACGCAAGAGGCGGUCGACACGUUGCCGGUCCCGAAACCGGAAGAGGCCGUUAAGAGGGAAGGACCGUCGAUAACUACAGAGACGACCGAUGUUUCAAUGUCCAUGUGUAGCUUGAACUCGUCAACCGUUUCGCAACCAGAGGGUGAUUACGUCAAUGUAGAACAAGUUGCAAAGAAAAGGCAAUCCCUUUCGAAGGCCACGUCAAUCAUCAUCGACAGUGAAAGAAUGGCUAUGAGCCAGGCGAUCGAGGAGAGCUCUUCCCCGGGCGGCGAAGGCCGGGUGGCGUUUGACGCGACGCCGCCGUCGCUAUCGUUAAUAACGACGACGACGAUGGCAACGGCGCUAACGACGACGAUGACGGCGCACACGACGCAUACGACGCAUACGACGCAUACGACGAAGCAUACGUGCGGCUUGGACGCGUUGCGGCGCAAGAGCGUGCCCGACGAGGUGCCCAGAGACGGCGGCGGCGAGCAGCCGUUGUCGAAGCGGCACAGGAGUCCGGAGCCGCUGCCGAGCGACGUCACCGUGGCCACGCGCUAUGGCUUCGUGCCGCCGGUCGUCGAGGAGAGCGACUCCGUGAUCCUGGAGCAGACCGAGAUCGCGAGGCACGUGUGUCGCGUGAGAAGGAGGAGCAGGGACGAGCGUAGGGCGAAACUGUCGACGCCGCCGCCAACCAAGAACGUCUCCUUCGGCGAGCUCCACGAGCAGAGCUACAUCGAGCACGUGAUGCCGUUUUCGUUGCAAUACGUGCCGAAUCACCAGCACGCCGGGAGGUACGACGAGUCGAUCAUUCAGCGUUCCAUGUCGGAGCGCACGCGGGAGAAGUGCCUGCGGCUGCACAUCGGUGGUGGUCACCCCAUAGUCGAGUGCUCGCACCGCGUCGCGCGUCGCAUGUGCCGGCACGCGGGCUCGAAGUUGCGCCAUCAGGCGAGGCUGGAGUACGUGCAGAGCACCCCGAACGUGGCGACGAUGCACAACGGCAAGCACGUCGCGGCGAACUCGCGCGAUGGAAGCGGCGACGUGAACGGUGGUUCCGCGGUGAACGUGUCGAAGAUGUACAGCGCCGUGUCGGAUGGUGAACUGCUGGAUCUGACGAUUCUGCCGAUCUUUCAGAAGCUCCUCACCGAGCGGCACAAGAGCACUGCCAGGCGGGGCUAUCGCUCGAACAUAGCUAGUUGCCCGAAUAUCUCCAUCAAGUGCGACAUCGUCGAGUAUCUCUAACGGCCAAGCCGGCGGGCGAAACCUGAAUGCUUUCACCUCACCGCACGUGCGCGCGCGAAAUCACGCGUCGUCUCUCGUCUAACUCGGACGACUUCGCGGGGGAGGACGAGCGAUCGUGCAGGGCGUGCUCAGAGAUCGGCUGUCACUAACAAUAAGUUAAUUAGCUUAAUCUCGCGUCAGUCGCCGCGAGCGUCUUUCGAAUUGUUGCGACCCCGAGCGAGCGAAACGUUGCUCGCGCUAACCAGCAACGUUAUUAAAUCGAAUUCGUAUUUCAGACGGUUUUUAUCGCUCACGUUGAUUUAUUUAUAAGAAUGACGAUGGACUUGGAAAUACCGCUAUCGCGCAUCCACUGCAGCCGGGUUAAUUAAUUAUUCGUUCCGUCUCUCUCGCGUCCUCGGCACUCGACGUAUAUAGAUCACGGUAAAGCGCGGACGAGGACAGGACAAAAAAAAGAAGAAAAUUGGGAUAACGCAACGCUCUAGUAAUAAUAACCCUCGAACUAUCGUAAUAUCGCUCUCUCAUCGAGAUUAGGGGAAAGACCGUUGAAUAAAAGGUAAGACUUUUUCUAUAUAACAACAUACGAGAGAUAUUUUCUAAAGACGUCGAUUAUUUAAGCAUAAUGUAGGAGGUGAAGCGUAGAGGAAGAAAAUAAAGAGAGGAAAAAAA